AUGGCGAAAGCACGAAAUCGGGAGCUCAAUCUGGGACAGAAGGAAAAUCGCCAAGAGUUCCUUGACCAGUACGGGAACAUACUGGUCGAGAAGACGCAGACGUAUAAUCAGACGCUGCUGCACAUCAUUGCUGAUACUUUAGGGCACAAGUCUCUGACGCGAUGCAUCGUGAGAAAGGACAAGAAACUUCUGGAGCACAAGGAUGACAGCGGCAAGACGGCUUUACAUAUUGCCAUUGUGAAGAAGAACUACGAUUUUCUAGAAGUGGUGUUGAAGGAGAUCACGAACCUUGAUACGAUUCUUCGUAUGAGAUGUGAGCAUGCGAGGAAUUGCAUUCACAUCGCGAUCUAUCACGGCCUUAAGAAGGAAUCUACCGUGAACCUGAUCAAAGGGGCAUCAGAGGCUACGCUCAGCGCGGUGGAUCAGGAUGGACUCACGCCUCUUCAUCUCGCAGUCGAGUAUCAGCGGAGCUCAGAACCGCAAUUGGCUAUCGUACAAGCGCUCAUUACAUAUGGAGACGGAGCAUUGGAUAAGUUCACUAUUAAUCCAAAGGACUUGUCUGUGUAUGAGUAUCAUCAAUAUACGCGCAGCCUAGCGGCCAAGCUCUCCGAACCAGUUGGCUCCCGAGAAGCUGGGCGAUCUCAUGAAGAGCCUCCCAAGGUGGUGGUGCAAGGUCAAAAGAACAACCCGGCGAAAAGCGAACGUGAAGGAGCAUCGGACUAUAGCGAUGCUGAUGGCAAAGGGCCGUUCCAGAAGGCAAUCAAGUUCGACAGAGGACCAAUGAAAGAACCAAUGGGGAAAGGACCGGCAGCCCCUCCAGCCUUCAAUGGCAGACGCGGCUCAACCGUUACAUCCCUGGCUCUGAAUACUAUGUCCAACCAUCCUUCUCUUGCCACAGCAUCCGAAGACGGAAUGUCUCCCAUCAAAGGAUCUCGGCUUGCUACCGAUUCGGCGGGAUUUGAGCCUCGAAAGCCGGAGAGAAGGGCCACAGGACAUGUACCAAGAAUCAACCGCACAGACGAAGAGAGCGCUCGAAAACUCCAAGAAGAAGAGAAGCGGAGGGCUGAGUUUGCCGACAAGAUCCGGCAAGAAUUCAAGCUGUAUUACCUGCGAUCGACAUUCGGGAGGAGUGGCCAGCUCACCCCGAGAGACCAGCUCAAUGCUACCAGGUUCCUCCAUGGGUCAAAUAUCGAUAAUAUCAAUUUAUGCUUCGACUAUUCUGAAGCCCCCAAGCGAAUCCUACGAGAAUCCUUCCGGCAAAGCUACGACCAUAUGAGCUUCGAUAAUGUACUGCGGUACGUAACAUUCCGCCGAAUUGAGUUGCAGAAACCACUACAGCCAGCCACGGAGUCCAGGCUGUUGAACAAGCUCCCGCAGAAGCCGAAACCCGGACGGGGCCGUGACGAUUUGACGUUCUUCUUCGAAUGGCUGUACAAGAAGAAGGUACGCCAUAUUCUCAAAGUGACUGUAGACGAUCUUGAAGACCCUCCACAUAGCGACCAAGCGAUGGUGGAAUGCCUGAAACGGUUUGAGAUCGAGACCCUGGAUUGGCGCAGGGUUGACUUGUGUCCCGAGACGCUGAACCAUGCAUGUCAGAAUGUCAGGGAGCUUUAUUUGAGGUGGAGCGGCAACAGGGCUGUGUUGAGGGCUUGGGGUGAGCCUGAGGGGCUUCCAAGACUGCCAAAGUUGGAGAAAGUUCACUUAGUGUGGAAUCCCGAACAGACCCUGGAGUCAGCGGAUCGCGUUGAGAUGUACAUUGAAGACUUUCAAGAACGACUCGAUGAAACCUUGGAGGCCAUCGACACGGCCCGAAGGAAACAAGAGCGCUUUGAUCAGAUCUUAGAAACCAUCGAUGUAGCCCGAAGGAACAAAGAGGCUAAAAAAGAACAGUUAGAUGAGACCUUACAAGUCAUCAACACAACUCUAAGAAACCUAGAUGCGCCGGCGCCCAAGGCCGACGAAGCAACCAAGAGGAAGAUUCUGGUCUACAGAGGGGAGGAGAAUGCCCCAGGCAGCGAGCAUCUUGUCCAAUCAGGUCCCACAAAGGCACCGAGCAACACCAACGAGCGAAACCUACAGUCCAACCGAUGGCUAGACUGCAUGGACAAGUUUGCAGACGAGAUCCAGAACGUCAAGAUCCCUCAAAAUAUCGACAACGCGAUCUUGAAGAACGACAUCAAGGUUGCGUUGAUCGAUGACGGAGCAGACCCAUACGUCGAGUCGCUGCGUGGGAAGAUCAGAGGCGGGGAAUCCUUUGACCGUGGUUAUCCCCAUGAGAAUGGCCCGAGUCCAUAUUACACUUCCACCAAAGGCCAUGGCACCGUUAUGGCAGAUAUGAUAUGUAGGGUCUGUCCGAUGGCUAAGCUAUACGUAUAUAAACUUGAGACUCAUUCCAGCAUCAACCCUGCGACCCAGACACAAGCUUAUGACCAGAUCUCAGCGGAAAGCGCUGCCUUGGCCGUCACAGCAGCCGUCAACCAAAAGGUCGACAUAAUCUCCAUGUCCUGGACAGUCAAAGAAACCGAGGAGAACCACGAGUCCAUCACCCACCUCCGCGAAGCCAUCAAGCUCGCUCUCGACGCACGCAUCCUCCUCUUCUGCGCUGCUGCAGACACCGGCGCCGUCACCGAAGUCGAAUACCCGUGGUCGUACGACCAGCGCCGCAUCUUCCGUAUCGGGGCCGCGACAGCAGACGGGCGUGUCUGGGGCCCGACCGGCUCCCCAGGAAACGUGUCCUUCAUCCUCCCCGGGCACAAAGUCGUCUCCAGAAACCCAUACCGGGAGGGCGCGCUACCCGAUGAUUUCGAGGAGCGGACCGGAAGCUCGAUCGCCACGGCGCUGGCGGCGGGGUUGGCGGCGCUGAUUCUGCAUUGCGUGCGGUUGGGCGCGAUCCACACUGAGCUUGAGGAGCGUCUGGGUGUUGUGAGCAGCACGGCGGUCAAGGCGGCUGCGCUGCUGAGAGUGAAGGAUCAUGAUAAUAUGAGCUCGGUGCUGAAGGCUAUUGGGCUGGAUGAGGGACAGCAGAAGUUCAUUGAGGUCUGGAGGAGGUUCGAUGGGCCGACACAGGGGCUGAAGGCGCCGGGUGUUGGUGUGGAGGUGAAUUCUAGCUCUGCAGGGAGCACGCCGGCGGAGCUGAGGGUCAUUGCGACGUUGGCGAGGGAUUUCAUGUCCGGGAUUGCGGAGAGGAUCAGUUAG